ACACAAAAUGGUGGAUGUGGAAAACUCACGAAAUCGAAAUGGUAUUCGUUCCGAAGGGCGAACGGCCAACCAAAUUAAUAAUAGUACUACUAAUUAUGUGAAUGAAAACGUUACUUAUAAAACAGCAAGUGAAUAUGCUUCAACAGUAAAUCAAUGGCUUUGGCAAUGUUAUUACCGGCAGUGUUUUUUAGCCUAUUUUCCUUAUUUUCUUCUUCAAUCUGCUUAUCAUUAUCAAAAUACGAACACUGGAACAGGCGACGUAAACAGAAAUUUUCCUUCUCCUGUUUUUCCUACUCAACAUAAUCUUGGUAACACAGAUCUACAAAAUGUAAAUGCUCAACAAGCUGACGAUUUACCUUUUCAGAACCAAGCGCCUAGAAUUAAUGAACAAGAAAUUCGAGCUCAGCCUCAGCCAGAAAGAGGACAAGUAGGCUUACAGCAAGGUGUUGGAAGAGAGUUUUAUGUACCUCCUCUCUGGAAACGAUUUCUUGCAGAAGUUAUAGACUUUUUUAUCUUACUGGUGAUGAAGAUCAUGGUGACAUAUCUUGCAGCUGAGUUUGGUGUCAUAGACAUUGACAGAUAUGGCUCAGAAUUUCUAGAGGGAAAAAUGGAUUUUAAAAUGGCAUUUGAAAUGACCUCCGACGUUUUAACCCUUGAGGUUGCUCAUCGUAUCGUGGUGUGUUUAUAUGAGAUUGUCUGUCUCCAUCAUGGAUCUGGAGUUCCAGGUGGAGCUACUCCUGGGAAAAGUGUCUUUGGAUUAAGAGUGGUAUCUUGUCAAGUUAUUGAGGAGUUGGGUAAUGACAGAAUAAGGGUCAUCCCUGCUGGUGAUAUAGGGCUUGGAUGGUCAUUUAUUCGUUCCUUCGUCAAGAAUUUUUCCAUGGCCUUCUUUUUCCCUGCAAGCUUAACGGUGUUUUUCUUCAAUCAUAACCGUGCAGUGUACGACAUCGUCUGCAAUUGCCUAGUGGUUGAAGAUAUUCCUCGUCGGCAGAGGAGAAAUUAAUUGAGUAUUGUAACUAUUUUUUUUCCUAUCCCAGUGAGCAUGAAAUGAUGUCUGAGAUUAAAAUACAGAAACUUGGGAGUGUAAUUCAUAAAAUUUUACCCAGAUCUUAUUCAGAAGUCUUAUUGACAAUCCUAAAAAAAAAUUGCUGAUAAUAGAAAACCUCUUUUUUUUUUAUUAGACUUGUAAUUAAUUAUGCUGUCUGCUGCUCAAUAGAAUCUUUAUUAAUGUUAGAAGGUUUAAUGAAAAAUGUAUAUAUAUAUUUUAAUGUAGAUUAUGAUGAAAAGGAUGGUGUCUUUGCAAAAAAAUUAUUCUCUUUGACUUAAACAACAUACAAAACCAGUUUUUACUUUAAAAUUUUGAUCAUCUCUUCCAGAUAAAAUUUUUUUGAUAUGCUGGUUGUCGAGAAAGUUUGAAGGUUACAAAAACCUAUUUCCUUUGUAUUAUUUAUGGUGUUUCAUCAUCCUUUACCGUGUUUAUUAUUUGUUCUUUAGGUGCCGUUGUAUAUGGUAAUAAUAAACUUGAAAUGAUAAAUUCCGAAUCACUAACUAUGAAAGAGUUUGUACAAAAUAAAUGAUAAUGUUUAGAUUAUUGCUCUCCAGACAUUCCUUGUCAUGUCCCACCUAGUAGUUAGCUACUAUUUUCAGUUGUGUCGUAUGCGUUAUCUGUCAUUAAAACUAGAGAAGUCUUAUUCUUUUAUCCACAGACAACCACAUUGUAACGUGCAAAUAAACUAAACUGUUUCAAUUCAUAAUCGGAGUUCUUCUGUUAGAAAUGUUAUGUAAAGAAUAUAUCAAUAAAUUAUUUAAUUUCUGAUACAAUUAGUGGGUGGUGAUUAGUUGAUGAAGGUUUUUUUGAAGAUCAACCUGGCAAUGAAAUGAUAGAACAUGGUGUGCACCUUCUAACAUUUCAUCCCUAUUCGAUGACGAGGAACCCACUUUGAGACUAAUAAUGGCUGGAGACGGCUUGAAGGGUAAUGAA